CAAGUUGAAGGGAAAUUUGGCGUUGACUCACCAACUCUCACUCGGCGCAACGCAAUGGCCGAAAAAGGCCAUAUUCAACCCUCUGAGACGCAUAACCAACAAGCAGAAGAGUACCUCGACGUUCUCACCAAAACCGGUCACAGAACUGGCGUUUCCAAACCCAGAGGAGACGUUCAUCGCGAUGGCGAUUAUCAUCGCGCCGUUCACGUGUGGAUAUUCGCUGAGAGAACGCAGGAAUUGCUUCUCCAACGACGUGCUUCGUGCAAGGACUCGUGGCCUCAUCUUUGGGACAUUUCCAGCGCCGGUCACAUUUCCGCUGGUGAUUCCUCACUCAUCACUGCUAGGAGGGAGCUCGAAGAAGAGUUGGGUGUAACCCUUCCUAAGGAUGCAUUCGAAUUGAUAUUUGUUUUCCUCCAAGAGUGUGUCAUAAAUGAUGGAAAAUACAUCAAUAAUGAAUAUAAUGAUGUGUAUCUGGUAACAACUCUUGAUCCAAUACCUCUGGAAGCCUUUACACUUCAGGAAACAGAGGUUUCUGCUGUUAAAUAUAUCUCUUAUGAAGGGUAUAAAAGGUUACUAGCCAAAGAAGAUUCAGACUAUGUCCCUUACGAUGUUAAUGGACAAUAUGGUCAACUCUUUGAUAUAAUCGAAAAGAGGUACAAGGAAAAUACUGUAGCACGCAGUUUGACUCUUCAGAAGCAAAUAAGUCGUUACGCUCCCAUUUCCCUCAGUGCAGAGUUGACAGGGCUUACCGAUUCAGACAAAGAGGCUCUAGGUUUUGUUGUCAAGGCUGCAACUGUUAUGGACGAAAUUUUUCAUCUGCAGUCAUGGUACAGUAAUCCAGCUCUUAGAGAUUGGUUGAAAGGGCAUGCUGAUACAUCAGAGUUGAACAAGUUGAAAUGGUCAUAUUAUCAGAUUAACAAGAGCCCAUGGUCUUGCCUUGAUGAAGAUGAGGCAUUUUUGACAACUGCAGAUUCAGCAAUAAGAUUGCUUUCUAAAGCAACGAGGACAGUUAGAGAUUGGAAAGGUUUGGAAUACAGAGCAGCAUUUCCCAUGCUGAAACCAGAUGGUGCUAAUUUCUACCCGCCAGACAUGGACAAAAUGGAGUUUGAAUUAUGGAAGGACAGUCUAGGAAAGGAUCAACAGAAAGAGGCAACUGGAUUUUUCAAUGUUAUUAAAAGGCACAGUGAAUUUAUUUUAGAUUCUAAUCAGUCCGAUAACAAAGCAGGUUCUCAUGAUCUAUAUAUAGUUCCUUACUCUGAAGAGUACAAGUCUCUUCUUGCAAAAGCUGCUGAUUUAUUGCAUAAAGCUGGGGACAUUACCAACUCACCAAGUUUGAAGAGGCUGCUACAUAGCAAGGCUGAUGCUUUCCUUUCAAAUGAUUAUUAUGACUCCGAUAUAGCCUGGUUGGAAUUGGACUCGAAGUUGGAUGUUACAAUUGGGCCAUAUGAAACUUAUGAGGAUAAACUUUUUGGAUACAAGGCUACCUUUGAAGCAUAUAUUGGAAUCAGGGACGAUGAAGCAACAGCUCAACUGAAACUCUUUGGUGAUAAUCUACAGCUUCUGGAGGAAAAUCUCCCAAUGGACAGUGCAUACAAAUCAAAAGAUGUGAAUGCAGCUCCUAUCCGUGUGAUACAGCUUCUAUAUAAUGCAGGGGAUGUCAAGGGACCACAGACUCUUGCUUUCAAUCUGCCAAAUGAUGAGCGUAUUGUAAAAGAGCAGGGAUCAUCAAUGGUCAUGCUUAAGAAUGUUUCAGAGGCUAAGUUCAAGCAUAUUCUUCUUCCUAUAGCAGCUGCCUGCAUUGCAAAGGAGCAACAAGAACAUGUAGAUUUUGAAUCAUUCUUUACGCAUACAAUUUGCCAUGAAUGCUGCCAUGGAAUUGGACCACAUACCAUAACACUUCCUAGUGGUCGGAAGUCUACUGUCAGAUUGGAAUUACAAGAAUUUUACUCAGCUCUGGAAGAAGCAAAAGCCGAUAUAGUUGGCCUUUGGGCGUUGAGAUUCUUAAUAUCCCAGGACUUGCUUUCCGAAAGUUUAUUGAAGUCCAUGUAUGUUUCUUUUCUUGCUGGAUGCUUCCGGUCAGUACGUUUUGGUUUAGAGGAAGCUCAUGGUAAAGGACAAGCAUUGCAGUUCAACUGGUUAUAUGAGAAAGGAGCCUUUGUAUUGCAUACUGAAGACACAGUUUCUGUUGAUUUUUCCAAGAUUGAAGGAGCAGUUGAAAGCCUAAGCCGGGAGAUCCUUACCAUACAAGCCAAAGGCGAUAAAGAGGCCGCUGGUUUUCUUCUUCAGAAAUACUGUGUGAUGACAGAACCACUGAAAGUUGCUCUAAAAAAGUUGGAGAAUAUUCAGGUACCUGUUGAUGUAACUCCUACCUUUCCCAUUGCCUACAAAAUAUUGCAAUGAAGGCAUGAGAACCAAGGUGCAAAAAUUUCGUUGCUUGCCGUCGUCUUUGCAUCAGCCAGGAAAAUUUUAUCCAAACAAUCUUUGCGCUAGUUGUUUACAAUGAAAUAAGGGAAUACUUAUUUCUGUUUAGCCUUGAUUGAUUCAAAUUGAAAACAAUCUGUCAUAGAGGGGAGUUUUAAACGUUGUCUUAAAUUAUAAUGUUACUAUGCUAUUGAUGAGUGGCUCAACUGGCGGCAUGAGGUUUUUUUAUUUCAUUCUUGUUGAUGCUCCUUUGUUGGUAGGACGUGAGAAAGUGUAAUAUUCUCGUCCUUAACAAGGGUUCAUAUUUUGAUCUUGAGAUAGAGCGACAUCUUACCUACACUUGUUUCAUCAAAAAAGGAAAUUGUGUAAAACAAUAAAAAAACUAUAAUUAAUUAUCUUUAUCUAAUAAAAACAUUCUUUUC